CAGCACAUCUUGCUAACCUAAUUCAGAAAACAAGUGCUACAGCUCUGUGCCUGUCAUCUUCGCUCAGUGUAGCAUUUUUCAGGUGAUCUAGGAAACAGUUAUUUUUAUGAGCAAAUAAGAGCAACAGGAAUCACAAUGGGGAUGUAUUUAACAGACCUGGUACUGGAUAAAACUUAAAGCCAGUUUCUAUUCAACAUAGUGAAAAGGUCACCUUGCCUGGCUGAGGAGAGAAGCAAAAUUUCAGCUUGUUGGUUUCUGUUAACAUCUAAGCUCAGGCUAGCCUCUUUUCCUUGAUGUUCAAACCAAUUUGGGAUAUCUAGCUACAAAGAGAGACAUACUGUACUCAUGGUAGAUGACAAGGAAAAGAACAUGAAAUGUCUCACCUUCUUCUUGAUGCUUCCAGAGACGGUAAAGAACAGGUCCAAGAAAAGCUCGAAGAAAGCAAAUACGAGCAGCAGCAGUAGCAGCAGCAGCAGCAAGUUGCCCCCAGUUUGUUAUGAAAUAAUUACCUUGAAGACUAAAAAGAAGAAGAAGAUGGCUGCUGAUAUAUUCCCCCGUAAAAAACCGGCCACCUCCAGCAGCACCACUGUCCAGCAAUACCACCAGCAGAAUCUCAGUAACAACAAUCUUAUACCGGCUCCGAAUUGGCAGGGUCUUUAUCCCACCAUUAGAGAAAGAAAUGCGGUGAUGUUCAAUAAUGAUUUGAUGGCAGAUGUACAUUUUGUGGUUGGGCCACCAGGUGGGACUCAGCGGUUGCCAGGACACAAAUAUGUUUUAGCUGUUGGGAGCUCUGUGUUCCACGCGAUGUUUUACGGAGAACUUGCUGAGGACAAAGAUGAAAUCCGUAUACCAGAUGUCGAGCCUGCUGCUUUCCUUGCCAUGCUCAAAUACAUCUAUUGUGAUGAAAUUGACUUGGCUGCUGACACAGUGCUGGCCACUCUUUAUGCUGCCAAAAAGUACAUUGUCCCUCACCUUGCCAGAGCCUGCGUUAAUUUCCUGGAGACCAGCCUAAGCGCCAAGAACGCCUGUGUGCUUCUCUCCCAGAGCUGCCUGUUCGAGGAGCCAGACCUGACCCAGCGUUGCUGGGAGGUGAUUGAUGCCCAGGCUGAGUUAGCGCUCAAGUCUGAGGGAUUCUGUGAUAUCGACUUCCAGACUCUAGAAAGUAUCCUCCGCAGGGAAACUCUGAAUGCCAAAGAAAUUGUGGUUUUUGAGGCAGCUCUCAACUGGGCUGAAGUAGAAUGCCAGCGACAAGAUCUAGCUCUGAGCAUUGAAAAUAAACGCAAGGUCCUAGGAAAGGCUCUUUACUUGAUCCGCAUACCUACAAUGGCCCUCGAUGACUUUGCCAAUGGUGCUGCACAGUCCGGAGUAUUAACUCUUAAUGAAACCAACGACAUCUUCCUCUGGUAUACUGCAGCCAAAAAGCCCGAGUUGCAGUUUGUGAGUAAAGCCCGCAAGGGCCUUGUCCCCCAGCGCUGUCACCGUUUCCAGUCAUGUGCCUAUCGGAGCAACCAGUGGCGCUAUAGAGGUCGCUGUGACAGCAUCCAGUUUGCAGUUGAUAAAAGAGUGUUCAUUGCUGGCUUUGGGCUGUAUGGUUCCAGCUGUGGCUCUGCAGAAUACAGUGCCAAGAUUGAACUCAAGCGGCAGGGUGUUGUCCUGGGACAGAACUUGAGCAAGUACUUCUCAGAUGGCUCCAGCAAUACCUUCCCUGUGUGGUUUGAGUACCCAGUGCAGAUUGAGCCAGAUACCUUCUACACAGCCAGUGUGAUACUGGAUGGCAAUGAACUUAGCUACUUCGGACAAGAAGGCAUGACAGAAGUUCAGUGUGGCAAAGUGACCGUCCAGUUUCAGUGCUCCUCAGAUAGCACCAACGGCACUGGGGUGCAGGGAGGGCAGAUUCCCGAACUUAUAUUCUAUGCCUGAAAACUCACGUCCCGGACCAGUGUGGGCUCCGAGGUGCACAUCUGGUCCCCAUGUGCUUGAUGCUUUAGCUCAUCUGCAGAUAUACGAUCAGCGCAGGUAAUUUGUAAUGAAUGAAGCAGUAGGCAGUUUCUAAUUACUUUUAACCUUUUAAUUAUGUACAGGCAAAAAUGCAGCGUUCUGCUUUUAACUGUGUGCUUAAAAGAGCCAAGUUCUUAUUAAGGCUUUGUGGUUUUUAAAAUUGCGUCUGUGCACGUGGGGAGACUCUGUGCUCUUCCAAGUGCCAUACCAACCUCCCAGUUUUGUUCCUCUGAAGAAAUUUUUGAUCACCUCAAAUUUCCUUUUGGACUUUAUUGAUGAAUAGAGAGAAAUAGUCUAAAAUAAGAAUUAUUUUUAAAUAGAACCCCCUCCAACAAAAACACAGAUAAACCUCAGUGUACAAUUUUGAAAGAAGUUUUGCUUUGUAAUAAAUAAUAAUUUAGAAAGUAGAUAGUGGUCAUGU